AUGGUCCUGCUUUGUGGCCUCGGCGGCUGCACGCUGCCUGCCUGGCACGUUGGCAUUUGCCAGGUGCCUCCGCCCAGAAAGCGCCGCGCCGGCUCGAGCCCUGCGGCGUCGACAAGCCCAGCGGUCGCGUCCUCCAGCCCAUCGGGAGGCUUGCUCUGUGGGCUCGGCGGCUGCACCCUACCUGCGUGGCACUACGGCAUUUGCCAGGUGCCGACGCUGACCGAGAAGCGGAGGCGCUGUCCCGCCGCCUGCGGCUCGCCAGAGGAGGUGGCGGGCAGAGAUGGGUCGCUCGGCCGUCGAAAGCGGCCGCCACCGCCCGCAGCGGCCGGGAUGGCGAGCGACGAGGCGGAGGCGGCGGCGGAGGUGGAGGCUGUCCGCGAGCUGCUCGGCCUGCAGGCGCGCCAAGGCGGCGAGGCGGCGGCAGCGGAGGACGAGGCGGAGGAGGAGGAGGAGGCGGAGGAGGAAGGAGAGGCGGAGGAGGAGGAGGAGAAGACGGCGUGGGCGCAGUGCGACCUGUGCGACAAGUGGCGGCGGCUUCCGCGCUGGUUCGACCCGCCCUCCGCCGAUGCGGCGUGGCGGUGCAGCAUGCACCCCAGCGCGGAGCCGCAAGAGCGCUGCGAGGAGCGCCGGCGAGCAAAGGAGCGGCAGCGCGCCGAGCGCGAGGCGGCGGCGGACGCGCGGGCGGAGAAGGUUGUGCAGCAUGCGCUGUCGGAGCUGUGCCAGCGGGUGGCGGUGCGGCACGUGCGGGCGGAGGAGGCGGCGCGGCGCGAGGCGGAGAGGGCGAGAGAGAGGGCGGAGAGGGAGGCGGCCGCGGCGGCGAGGCGCGAGGAGCAGCUCCUCGAGCUGCACGACCAGCGAGAGGCGGGCGGCGGCGAGCUGCACGGCGAGGCGCUGCGCCGCUUCGAGCAGCUCAAGGCGGCAAAGGCGGCGGCGGCAAAGGCGGCGGCGGCACUCCCGACGGCACUCCCGACGGCGCUCCCGACGGCGCUCCCGACGGCGGCCGCCACGGCGCUCUCGACGGCGGCCGAGAAGGGGCUACCGCCCGGCUGGGCUGCCUACCGGCGCGGCGACUGUCACUACCGCGUCGUCUCGCCGAACGGGGAGUGCUACAGUUCGCUCGGCGGGGCGAGGGCGGCGGCGGCGGCCGCUGCUGCCAGGGGCGGAGGCGGGUCGGCUGCCUCCAGCAGCGGCGGAGGAGGUGGUUCGGCUGCCUCCAGCAGCGGCGGCGGAGGCGGGUCGAUUGCCAGCAGCAGCAGCGGAGGAGGCGGUUUGGCAGCCUCCGGCGGUGGAGGCGGCUCGGCAGCGCAUGCGCAAGCCGGCGGUGGGAUCGGCGGAGCGGAGGACGACCGCGGUGGGUCGGCCUCUGCGGGCGGUGGCGUUGCGACCGUGGAGGUGGGGGCUACGUCGUUGGGCGACGGCGGAGGGGGGGGCGGUUCGAGGAGCGGCGAGGAGUCUGAGACGGUGGGGUGGGAGGCGGAGGAGGAGGAGGAGGAGAUUGAGGCUGUGGUGGAGGGGGCAGCGGAGGAGGCGGAGGAGGAGGAGGAGGAGGAGGUGGAGGAGGAGGAGGAGGUGGCGGAGGAGGAGGUGGAGUUGGAGUUGGAGGUGGAGGUGGGGGCGACAGACGCGGUGCAGGCGGAGCCGGCGGAGGAGGUGGCGCCGCCCGCCGGCACCGGAGAGGAGGACGCCCCGCCAGCAUCAGCUCCGCGGAUGGCUUCGCUGCCCGCGGACGCUGCCGCUGUGGACUGCAGUGGGCACAGGGGCGACGAUCUUGAGCCGCCUCGCGACCGCACGUUGUCCGUAGAGAUAUAG